CGUUUUGCUUCCGCUUCCCCAGACCCCAGAAACCGCCCUCUCGCUUAUCCCACGCCGGGGGCCGGGGGUAGCUCAGCUGGCUCCCACCCCCGUCGAAUCGCCGCUGAAUCGUGGGGCCCCGCCGUAGCGCCCACGGUCUCUGUCCUGUGGGCCCGCCCGCCGGCGCGCGCGCUUUAAUAAGGGGGCAGCUGGGCGGACCCGGCUCCUCUGCUAGCCAAAGCUCUUCCUUCCGUCUGCUUCUUCCCCCACACCCACACGGCCACACCACACCCCGUCCGUCCCCGAGACAGGCCGAGAAGCAAGAGCAAAUCGUUGCACCGCACUCAACCCAGCAGCUGCAGGAGGAGGAGGAGGAGCUCCUUCGUCGCCCCCGCCCCGCUCUCUGUCCCGAGGUUCUCCGGCAGAGCCAAGGUUUCACUGCUCAAGCUGCAUAACAAGAUAGAUGGGUUCCGAGGGGCCUUCUCCGAUCACCGUUCACGUGACCGGAUUCAAGAGGUUCCAUGGAGUCGCCGAGAACCCGACCGAGAGAAUCGUGCACAAUCUCCUGUCGUUCAUGGAGAAGAGAGGGCUGCCCAAGGGCCUUGUGCUCGGGAGCUGCACUGUUCUUGAAGCGGCCGGGCAGGGUGCGCUGCGUCCGUUGUAUGAAUUGUUCGAGUCAACUGUCCUGGACCGGGAAAAUGGAUCACCGAAUCAGGGGCAAGUAAUUCUGCUCCAUUUUGGAGCCAACAGUGGUUCGCAUAGGUUUGCUCUUGAGAACCAAGCUGUUAAUGAAGCUACUUUUCGUUGCCCAGAUGAGCUAGGAUGGAAACCGCAGAGGGUGCCUAUAUUGUCAUGUGAUGGAAGCAUCUUACACUCAAGACAGACUACACUACCAGUGAAGGAAAUAAGCGAGUCUCUUCAACAAAUGGGAUAUGAUGUGGCGCCUUCAGAUGAUGCUGGUCGAUUUGUGUGCAACUAUGUCUAUUAUCACUCUCUUAGGUUUGCAGAGAAACAUGGUAUCAGGUCUCUCUUCGUUCAUUUCCCCCUCUUCUUGGCAAUUGAUGAGAAGGUUCAGAUGCAAUUUGUUGCUUCCCUUCUUGAAGUCCUCGCUUCCUUGAACUUACAGUAAUAUAAUGGUAGGUCUAUGAGUCUAUCACUACCAGUUGUGUAUUGUUCCCAAUUUAUUUAGAAGGGUAAGUUGUUCCCAAUUUACAAGUGGAGUGAAUAAGAAUGAGAAAUCAUUCAUGUCAUUAUGUGUGCUCCAAAAUGUGUAUAAAUUUUUUUUCUUCUUAGAGUGCAUCUCCAUGUGCCCCAGAUGUACAAAUAUUCAAAGCGGUCAUAUAAUGGUGCAUGUUGUUCUGAGAGCUUAUAUGUUUCA